GUCCAUUAUUUUCCAAAAAAAGAAUUUAAUAAAUAUGUCAUACGUCACGUUAUUCAACAACACGUUAUUUUCGCCAGUUCAUCCAUAUAAAAUUCGUCUUCGUUUUUUUUUAGCUUCCAAAAGUCUAAAAAUAGUGGAGCAGCCGAUUAACAAUAUAUGUUGAUUAAACAAUUAAACUAUCGAAAAAGGUAAUUAGGUUAAAUAAAGAAAUAAAGUCUGGUAUGGUUUUUAAGUUUGAACUUCAAAAUCAAAACCAUGUUGCAAAAUUUUUGGCAACUUUAAAAGAGCUCAACUCACUGAAAACAAAAGACUCAAUUUGAGGGACAAAGGUUUCUAAGUAGAUGCCUGUUUGAUUUGAAGUUGGUCUGAAAAGUCAGGCGGCUCAACCAGUCAGUCAGAUGGAGCAACCAGACCGGCACAAACAGACAAUUAAAAGAUUUGAUAACACUCACUAUAUUCAAUAUAGAAUAUGAACACAAAUAUAAAUGUAAAUAUAUUUAUAUGCAGAAAUAAAAAUGAAUGAACAUGAAAAAUGAAAGACAUUUAAAAAUUGUCAUUUAGAACAGCCUUACUUGUCACUGACCCAUAAACAUGCUCAGAAAUUUGAAGAUAGCACAAUAAUUCUGAGGUGUGCUGUGUUUUUCCUGCAACAAUAUCUGGUUUAUGAUCAGUGGGGAAACAUUUCAUGUAUAAGUAAACAUGUAAAAGUUUUAUUUUAUAACUAAUAUAACGUAAUAUAACCUAACCCAAUUCAUAUAGCUUACUUCAGAUAUGAAAAAAAAUCUUAAUAUUUUCAUACUGAAUUGGGACAGAAUGUGAAACCUUGAACUGCAGUGAAUGUAGGUAACUAAGGAUUACAGCCAAAAACUGCAUAUAUAUGCAGUAAAAUGUGUGAAAUCUCACUAAACAGACUCUGUGUAAGAGUGUAGUUUAGGUUUUAGCUCAGUCGAUAGCUCAGAUAGCUAACAGGCUAAGAAGCUCCAUCAGUAACACAGUUUUACACUUUAAGAUGAAAUAUUUUCUGAAGAUUUCACUAAAAACAGGUAAACAGAAUGAAGAAUAUGUUACAUGUGUUUCUCACCGGUUCAAAUAUCCUCACAUCUAUUAAAUCAGUGAGGAGAAGUGAAAGUGCACCUCAGUUAGCUUGGUGCUAACGUACGUAACGAUUCCCAUAGAGACGCUAAUGAAAAUGAGCAUUCUUGGAAUGAUACAAACUGAAUACGACAAAGACUUUUCAAAAGAACAUAUUUUAUCAUAUUAAAAGUCAAAACAUACAUUUUAUUCUGAUGUAGAGCUUAAAGAAAUAGACAUUUAAAAAUCAGAGAAAAUCAAUGCAAGUCUAUGAGGAACACUUACUUCUGGGGUGUUUGCAGCGCUGCAGUGCCCUCUGUCGGCCACACAUAAAUAUACAUUUGUAUUGGCUUCUGACCAGUGCCACAGAUGACUGGACACAUGUUGUGUGUUGUCUCUUUUAGGAGUCUGUGUUUGGGUUCAUAAAGUCACAGCAGAUGUCCGCCGUCAUUCCCAGCAUGGACGGGAACUCUCAGCGUGUUAGUUUUGGUGAGGGCUCUUUAUUAAAGGAAAUGAAGAGUAAUAAUCAGGGGCCAAAUCUGAUUAAGCUGGAGACUAAAGAGCCGACGUGGAGCAAGGAGAAGGAAGCGUAUGUGAUGGACUUCAAUGGACGGGUCAAAAAGGGUUCAGUGAAGAACUUCCAGCUCGCCUGUCCUGCGAGUCCGGAUGAGGAGGUGAUGCAGUUCGGUCGUGUGGAUGAAGAUCGCUUUGUGCUGGACUUCAAGUCUUGAUUUAGCUGUUGCAAAUACAUGAAGCCAAUGGUCAAUGCACUGUUAACUGCUUAUGUCAAACCCAAGUAAACACUGGAGUUUAAAAGGACACAACAUGGGAACGUCCUUUAAACAUCUGUAGUUCGCUGUGGGUCAUGCACCAGGCCCGGCGAUGCUGCAAGGUCAUCAUCUUCUGAAACACACUUGCUUCAUCGGGACAGUAAACAAGAAAUGAUAUAGCCUCCCUGCAGGCAUCUUCAUUAAGCUGCUGAGGCACUGUGGCUGCUUUGACCGGCUGCUGAAAUGUGUUUAUGGUCUGAGGUGCCAUGCUAAAUACAACCCCCCCCCAGCCCCACCGCAUUGAUCUUACAGAAGGAGCUAUUCGGACAGCAUGGUGAAUGAAUGACUGUGUGUGGUUUGAUGAUGAUUAUGAUUUACUGAAAAACAGCAAUAUAAAAGUCUGAAGAAUGUCACCUGAAUGGCUUACAUGCUUCAAAUGUCCAUGUUUCAGUCAGAAGUAGCAUCAAACCCAGGCUGAACCCCAAAUGGCUCCUUACUCCCUAGCUAAAUAGUGACCUGUAUAACAUUAAGUUUAGACAUUCUAGAUUCUGCUGUCAGAUACUGCACUGCUUGUCGAGUAUGAAUGUGGAUGGAUCCCUAAUUACCAUUUUUAGCGAUAUUUUGCAUUGUUGGGCUGCAGGAAUCAGUAUUUAAAUUCCUACGCAGUGCACUAUGUAGGGAGCAGGGAGCCGUUUCAGAUUCAGCCCCAACCUGAGAAAAGUGGCAUCGUCAGACUGACAGAAGACUCGCGGUGGUAAUUUGGUGACCAAAGAGUACUUAUAAACUGAAGGUUUUGCAUUAGACAGUGUUGUGUUAUCAUAUGUUCACUGUUAUACGAAAAAAGUUUUAAAAAUCAUGAAAUGUCUGCAGUUUAUAGUGAUCCGCAACCAAACGUUCUUCUCCUCAUUCAGCGGUCAGUGGUUGCUUAGCAACGAUACCACAUUGUUAAGGAACUAUAUUUUUUGCCGGAAUACUUGUUUAUGUCGGUUAUUAUUAAUAAAUAUCUUAAAUAAUUCUCUAAAACAUUGUGCAUUUUAAUAUAUUUUAUGUUGGUCGCCGGUUUAUAAAAGCAAUAACCCAGUUAGCAAAAUCUAUCUUGUGGGCCACAUCCUUGGUUUAGUUCUGGCCCAGUUCUGGCUGGGUCCCCAACCCAGAUCUGGCCCAUAUACUGUAAAAUGAGAAGAACUAAUGGAUGUGGCCCAGAUGAGGCCCACACACUGUAAAAUCAGUAAAACUAAUGGAUGUGCUCCAGCUCUAGCCCGUAUACUGUAAUGUGUACAUAUUUAAAAGGUGUGGGCCAGAUCUGGCUCAUAUAUGGCACACAGUUAUGGCUGACUACCCACCUUGGUCCCCAGCCCAGAUGUGGCCGUGCAGGAUGCCUCACUCAUUUAUUGCAGAACAUGCAUAAUAUGCGUAAUAUUUCUACUCAAUAAUCAAUAGGUGUUGCCAAAAGCCAUUUCAGAGUGAAAACUCCAUGUUGAUUUUGGUUAAAUAAAUAAAAACAGUAAAUGAAUGAAGGAAAAAGGCUUCAUCUUUGUGACAGGUCAUUAUCUGCAGUCUUUGUGUGUCAUUCCACAGACCAUCUGCCUUGAGUCAAAGAGUGCUGUCUUUUCCACAUUCUUAAAUACAUUUUUCACAAUAUUUCUGCAUGAAUUUUAAACCAUGGCAGAUGAAAAAUUCUUGGGCCAAGUGAAGAGGCCACUGAAAUGCAGGCUAAAUCUGACAUCUUCCUGUUCAAGUGGGAUAGAAUGUAAUUUUUCAGACAUUUUAUUUUAAAUGAGAGAUGAUAAAAAUGUAUGAAAAAAUUAAGCAGCAUGUAGAAUAAAAACAGUUGUGUAUGUCCCUGAAGUUUAGGUGUCAACCCAUUCAGUACGUCUUUAUAAAAUACAUACAU